CCUGCUGGAAGAAAGCACUCCUGAGUCUCCAACAACAACUGAGAAGGGAAUAUACUCCUGAGUCUCCAACAACAACUGAGAAGAGGAUAUGGAGAACAUCGAUGAAUACAACUCCUAUUGGGAAACUAAGAUGUUCCUACAAAACGAAGAAUUUGACAGUUGGGGAUGGGAUGAAGCGAUAUCAGGGUACUAUGAUUCAAGUUCUCCCGAUGGAGUGGCAUCUUCGACAUCGGCUAAAAACAUUAUGUCGGAGAGAAAUAGGAGGAAGAAGCUCAAUGAAAGGCUCUUUUCACUUCGAGCGGUGGUCCCCAACAUCACUAAGAUGGACAAGGCAUCGAUAAUUAAAGACGCAAUCGAUUAUAUUCAAGAGCUUCAUGAGCAAGAGAGAAAGAUUCAGGCCGAGAUCACCGAACUCGAGAAUUGCAAGCAUAAAAAAAUGCCCAAUUGUGAUGUGGACCGAGAUAUUACGUCCCUUUCAAGAUUGAAGAAGAAGAAAAUGGAUCAAUGCCGCGAGCAGGGUAUCGUUGGAGGAUCGCGAGUGCCUACCAUUGAGGUUUUGGAACUUAGGGUUUCUGAAGUGGGAGAGAGGACCUCAGUUAUAAGCAUUACAUGCAAUAAGAAGACAGAUACAAUGGUGAAGCUUUGUGAGGUUUUUGAAUCUCUGAAGCUAAAAAUCAUCACAGCAAACAUCACUGCCUUCUCUGGCAGGCUUUUAAAGACCAUUUUCGUGGAGGCUGACGAAGGAGAGAAAGCUCAGUUGAAAGCGAAGAUUGAAACCGCUUUAGCAGAUCUGGACGCACCAAAAAGCUCUAUGCGCUUUUAGCUGAAGAACGAGAGGAAUGGACGGUCAUGAUGCAUUAGAAAUUGAAUAAAUGUCCUAGUGCGUCUGUACGUACAAGUGUGGCCAGUGGAUUCGUGAUCCGGACCGUUCAUCUGAAUGGAACCAUCUCAGAUUAGGCAUGAUUAAAAAAUCUGCCGGUUUGAAAAUCUUAACCCUUUGACCAGGGUUUGCAAAUAAUGGCCGACAGAAAUACAAUGACCCUUCAAACAAAAGAUAUAAUUGGGCACUAUGGUCUCAACAACCGUCCAUGGGCCAAUCAGAUCAACGGUCUGGAUGGCUGAGCCACGGGCUAUGUUUGUCCCCAGUAGACGCAUCAGGACCCUAGAGUUUCUCUUCAUCGAGUGUAUGGAUGCUCGUAUUUGUCUACUAACUUGUUACGAGGAGCCUCUGUUUUCUAUUAUUUAGCUUGAAAUAAUCAUGUAGAUGAACGGCUCUCGUGACUUGUGUUGUUGCUGUGGUCCACUUAUAUAUACUCGAGCAUUCUUAAUUAAUUCACGCGGCCUGGCAUUGGAUUUUUAUUU